AUGGCUCCAGUCAAUCUCGCGCAUCGCCGCACGCAUAAUUUGCUCCUGAUCUCGAAAUUAUUGAAUCUGAGAGACACGGCGUCGCCGCUUACCCUGCUCCUGGACUCUCUGCAGCAACCAGCCACCCCGCUCAUCCGCGAAUAUAUUCGACGAGCUAAGCUCUCCAAGGUCCAUGUCACGCUAGUUGCAUUCGAGACGCUGAAACAGCCCGACGGUGUCGAUGCUUUUGUAUCAGCGCGCCGGAAGAGCCCAGCUGAAAUCGCCAGGGAAGUGAGUGCGGCGCAGCAGCUAGCUGGAUCUUAUUCCUCGCGACGCCGUCUGAUUCUCAUCGACUCCAUCAACCCACUACUGAACUCGAAGCGACUCGAGCCUGGAUUUCAUCUACCCUCUUUCUUGAGCUCGUUCUUAGCCCCGCCAUCUGCGUCAGCAACAGCACAGCUUGACACAUCUCUAGUGGUAACAUACCACCAAGAUAUUCCUGGACCCUUUCCACAGCAUCCCUACUCCCCCUCCCCCUUGUCCCUCCUCACAUACAUGGCCACAAGCAUAAUCACCCUCCACUCAUUCUCACACGUUCUCGCACAAAAAGCUGCUCGAGACCGCAGCGUCGCCGAGCCCGUCUUCGGGUUGGAUGAAGAACAAGAUGGCGUUUUGCUCGGCCGAUCCGAUAACACUGUUGAAGGAAUCGUGCUCGAGCUAGAACACCGGCGGAAGAGCGGACGUGGUGUUUUGGAGUGGUAUCUUCUUCCGCCUGCGUCGCGGUACUCGCCACAGCAGGUCAAAGAGAUUGUGACUUUGCUUGACGAUAACGCCUUGUAUAAUCCGCCGGUGCAGGAAGAUCCUGCCGCUGGAGACGAGGAGCCGGAGUCGACAUUUGAAUUGCGGCUUACGGAGAGGCAGAGGCGCGAGAGGGAAGGCGUUGUGCUGCCCUACUUUGAUGCGCAGCAAGGGAAUGGGCCUGGUGAAGGUGGUCGGAUUCUUUAUGACAUGGGCGAGGAAGAUGAUUUCGACGAAGAAGAGGAUGAGAUCUAA